AUUUCUAUUCAUGGAACCGAAAUGAUAAGCACGACAGAGCAACUGGUUGUUAUUCAAACAAAUCACUGCUGGGGUUUGGGUGAUCAUUCUACAUCAUUCUAUCAAUAAAAUAUAAAUAUAAUCAUAAGUUUGGUUUUCAAUUCAAUUUCAACUGAUUUUGAAGUAAACAACGGCCAAUUUCGGAUGCGAAAUAAAUCAACGUUCGUUGAUAAUACUUUAAUCAGUAAUCCGUCAUAAACUGUUCGUCCAAAGCAACUAAAAUUACAAGUUUCAAUUUCAAAUCGGGAUUAGUGUAAUCGAGUAUUGAAGUCAAAAUAUAAACUUUCUCUCUCUCUCUCUAUAUAUAUAUAUAUUCCUUAACUGACUGGCUCAUCAGAAUUUGUAUGUAAGAAAUGCGAUAGUGAAAUGUAACGGUUUGUGAAGGCGAAAAUCCGAGAUAAAUAACGGAUCCCGUUUGUGCGGUGAGAAAGGGGCAGUCGAAACAUUACAAAAUGAGCGAUAUCAUUUAUUGUUUUUAAAUGACAUGGUUGACCGCAUCAAAACCGGUUUCAAACCAGUUUUUGAAUGGCUUAAUCACAUUUGCAGUGAUGCGUUUUGUUCACUUAAUGUAAACAGGAGCAAAAAGAUCAUACACACACACACGAUUGAAAUGAGCACAUCCAGUUAAAGGCGGUUAAUCUGUCGAGAGAAAAAAUUGAUUUCAUGUACAUAUAUAUAUACGUAUAUCAAACGCGUCAGACUGUUUCAUUUUAUGCGUCUCAGCGACGAAAUUGUUUGGAAAUAUUGAGCUCAAGAAUGUGAUCUCGUUUGAAUUUUGAAUCUGUCAAACACAACCAUUGACCUUUGGAGCCACAAAUUUGUGAUAAACACAAACAAACAUUUGGAAGAGCAACAACGACGACGACAGCGACAACGAUUCUGGCCGAUUGAAUGACAAACAUAGUUCGUGUGAUUACUCGUGUAUGUGUAUGCGCGUGUGUGUGCGACAAAAUUGUAACAAUCUUAUGUAGACAGUGUUUAAAAUGUCUUUUGACAGAAGUCAUUUUGAACGUGACAAGUAAGCACACUAGAAAUUAUCAAGUGCAAAAUUUAAUUAUAUAGGGAUACAAGGGAUUGUAGCAAAAAUAAUAGAAGAAUUUCAUACGGAAAUUGGCCAAAGUGAUACACGACAGAAAUAAAGUGAAGUGAAGUCAAGUGGAGUGAAUUAUGAGUAUGUCUUCAGUAAAAUAUGCGAUGACUAAUUCGAAAUUAUUGUUUGGUUCGGUGCGAGCAAAUACUUUAUCGUUGAUGAAGUUGCAACGACGUUCGGCAAGCAGUACUCAACCGGAACUAAGUGCAUUGCCAAAGAAGACGCGUCUGUACGAUUUGCAUGAACAGUAUAAAGGGAAAUUAGUUGAUUUUGCGGGGUAUUUGCUGCCGGUGCAAUAUGGCAAUCUCAGCAUUUCGGCAUCACAUUUACACACUAGACAACAUGCAUCCAUAUUUGAUGUGUCUCACAUGCUGCAAACAUAUGUUCGGGGCAAGAAUGCUGUUGAGUGUUUUGAAUCCAUUUGUACGGCUGAUAUCAAAGGACUUGAGCUCAAUUCCGGCACUCUGACCGUGUUUACAAAUACAAACGGCGGCAUUUUGGAUGAUUUGAUUGUGACCAAAGUGUCAGAUGAUUUGCUUUAUAUUGUAUCAAAUGCGGCUUGCCGAAAGCAAGAUAUGGCCAUCAUACAGGAAAGUGUGGAAAGAUUUACCAAGCUCGGCAAAGACGUUUCAGUUGAAUUCCUCGACAGUGAUGCAUGUGCAUUGGUGGCAUUGCAAGGACCAACAGCUGUAGCUGCACUCGAAGACAUCUCAUCACUUUCGCUACGCGAUUUGUACUUCAUGCAAACCAGAGUUGCCAAUGUAGCUGGCGUUAAGUGCAGAAUUACACGAUGCGGAUACACAGGUGAAGAUGGUGUGGAGAUUUCGAUACCAGGUGAAAAGGCCGAAUUCGUAGUGGAAGCGUUGCUCAAUUCGACACAAGCCAAAGUGCAAUUGGCUGGAUUAGGAGCCCGAGAUUCAUUACGACUUGAAGCCGGACUUUGCUUGUAUGGCAAUGAUAUCGAUCAACAGACAACGCCUAUUGAAGCCGGUCUAGCAUGGCUAGUUGCAAAACGUCGUCGGGCAGAAGCAAACUUUCCUGGUGCGGCGACCAUUUUGAAUCACUUGAAGAACGGUUGUGGACGUCGACGAGUUGGUAUUCGGUUGGAAAAGGGUCCGGCUGCUAGACACGGUGUACGAAUCUUAAGCGGUGAUAAACCAAUUGGCGUUGUGACCAGUGGAUGCCCAAGUCCAAGUCUCGGAGGCAACGUUGCGAUGGGUUAUGUAGCCAGUGACUACAAAGCGGUCGGCACUCAAGUCGAUUUGAAAAUUCGCGACAAAAUGUUCAAAGCUGUUAUUUCAAAAAUGCCAUUUACUCCAGUUCAUUACUAUCAAAAACCAAAAUGAAUCAAUCGCUCACUGUUGAACGAAACCAAAAUCUCAUUUCACCUGCGCUCUGUUUUAACCUGUCACAUUUUAUUACUGAGCACUACAGCCAACGCAUUCAUUUACACGCAUGAAUAAACAAACGACUUUUUGUUCAUCAUUUGAUUUUUGUUCAUCAACUGCAGAAUGAGUCUCUACUCAUAUGAAUUUAUUGUGUAAAAUAUGAUGAUUUGCAAAUAAAUAUUCCCGUUUCUCUCUGUG